AUGCGUGCAGGAGUCAAGGGCGCCAUGGCCGGCGUGGGAUUGCAGCCGGCCUUGGACGUCCUGCGAGGCCGCUUGCCUGCAGCUUCAACUUCCACUCCCCUCACCUCCCUGUGCGGUGCGGCACUUUUAGGCCUAGGAAUCAGUGUCGUUCCCUCCACUCGCCUCCUAAUCGCUGCUCCCUUGCUCGGUUUCGGGAUGCGCGACGCUACGACCGCAUUUACGGAUUUGGCGCAAGCCGCCGAGGAUAGAACCGUCGGAGGUGAAACAAGCGGGUCUGAUGCUGCGGCAUGCGAAGCUGCAACGAUAGAGACUGCUGCAUCCGACAAUCUCGCAUUCGAGGCUUCAACAUCCAGCGCUACAGGAUCUGCCAGUUUCGCUUCCGCAGCUGCAGGAUCGGAUGAUGCAGCCUCAUGCGAUGCUGCAUCCGACAAUUUCGUAACUGAGGCUUCCGCAUCCUGCAUUGAAGGUUCUGACAGUUCCUCUUUCGAAGCUUCAGAGUCGGACGGUUCGGCAUUUGAAGCUGCAGCAUCAAAAGCUUUAGCAGCAUCAAACGUUUCGGAAUGCGACGCUUCAACAGACGACUCAUGCGACGCUUCCUCAUGCGACAAUUCAGCAUACGACGCUUCAGCAUGCGACGCUUCAGCAUACGACGCUUCAGCGCCCGACACUCCUGGAGCAUCUGACGUCACCGCCGGCAGCUCUAGCAGCAGGCCAUUUCGAACUGAAUGA